AUGGCAAGGAAGAACGCAGCUCAGAAGGCUGCGGCAGCGGCCUUGAAGGAAUCUACAACAGGUCAAGCUUCGACCUCGACGGUGACGCUGGAAGCUGAGGGUGUUACGGGAGGGGGAGAGGAACCACCCGCGAAGAAGGUCGGUUAUCAUCUAUCACCACGGAAUGCAAGCAGAUUCAGAUAGCCUGACCUCUCUCCCUCGUAUGCGCUAUCCACAGAGCAAGAAGCAACAGCAUCGCAAGGACAAACCGUGGGACACGGACGACAUUGACCAUUGGGCGAUCCAACCCUUCACCAAAGACGACCAGGGCCUCAAGAACCAAGCACCAUUGUUGGAAGAAAGUUCAUUCGCGACCUUGUUCCCCAAGUAUAGGGAAACGUAUCUGAGAGAGAUUUGGGGGCAUGUCGUCACCGCUUUGGAGAAACAUGUCAGUUUGGGCUUUCAACGGCGCAUUCGACCGGGUCGCGAGGGGACUGAUCUGGAUUGCGUCGGGAUCUUCAGGGGAUUACCGCUACGUUGGAUUUGGUCGAGGGUUCCAUGACGGUCAAGACCACUCGCAAGACCUUUGACCCCUACAUCAUUCUCAAGGCGCGUGACCUCAUAAAGCUCUUGGCCCGCUCGGUUCCUCUACCACAGGUCAGUCCAGUCCGCCGGCAACAGAAGCGAGAGAAACAGUAGCUCAUCAAUUUCCGGUCGGACCUGAACCUGGACACUAGGCGGUCAAGAUUUUGGAAGACGCGGUCAAUUGCGACAUCAUCAAGAUCGGCAACGUCAUCCGCAAUAACGACCGGUUCGUCAAGCGACGUCAGCGGAUCCUCGGGCCUGGUGGAUCGACGCUUAAGGUACGUCACAUCCAAUUUUCCGUCGUCCUUUCGUCUUGUACUGACUCCCCUGCCCCCUUGUAAUGUCAGGCCAUCGAGCUCUUGACGCAAUGCUACGUCCUCGUACAAGGCAACACCGUCGCCGCGAUGGGAGGACAUAAAGGUCUGAAAGAAGUGCGCAAGAUCGUGCUCGACUGCAUGAAGAACGUCCAUCCCAUCUACCACAUCAAAGUAAGCUUCAACGACUAUCCAAAGAUCAGUCCCAAGUCUGGAACUGACCCCAACUCACUUUUUCACAUGUGUGGUCUUGAGUAG